AUGGAAAUCCCCAACUACAAGAACUUGCGUUUCAUAUUUCGUAGACAUCUAUUCUUUAGCUCAACUAUCGUCAUGCUUUUGCUUGCCACAACUCCUUUCACUCACCAAACAUCCAUGGAAAACACUAGUUUCAGUUUCAACCAGUUCACCCCAGAUAAUAAGCUGGACAUGAAGUUGGAGGGAGAUGCUUACAUAUCAAGCUCAAUCAUUGAACUAACCAAGGACAUGGAAGUUUUGAGUUCAAAUUUAAGUGUUGGACGAGUCACAUAUGGCAGACCAAUGCACCUUUGGGACAAGGCAUCUGGUAAUCUUGCAGACUUUGCCACCCAUUUUUCGUUCGUUAUCUACUCGCAUAAUUCUGAUAAGAAAGGCAGUGGCUUUACAUUCUUCCUUGCUCCCAAUGGCUCUCAACUUCAGCCUUUAUCAGGUGGUCCACAUCUUGGUCUCUUAAGCCGCCAAAAUUCCAGCACUGUGCCUUCAUUUGUAGCUGUGGAAUUCGACACGCGACAUAGUAGUAAAUGGGAUCCUGAAGGUGUGAAGGAACAUAUAGGCAUUGAUCUCAACUCAAUGGCUUCUGUCAAAAUUAAGGAAUGGUCCUGGAAUGGAGGAAGAUUUGAUGCUUCAAUUUACUACAAUUCAAGCUCGAAAAAUUUAAGUGUUUCUGUGACUAAUGGUUAUAUAGGUUCUGCGAGUAUGUACUCCUGUGGUCUUUAUUUCUUAAUAGAUCUGAAGGAUUACUUACCAGAAUGGGUUACAUUUGGAUUCUCAGCAUCCACCUCCAGGUCGCAUUUUGAGAAACACAAGAUUUACUCGUGGGGUUUCACCUCAAGUUUAAAACUUCCAGAAAAUUUUACAAGCCCUCAACUUCUCUUGACAAAAAUCUCUAGAGAAAGAAAGGGUAAGAGCUGGUGGCUAUGGCCUGUGUUGGGCUUUAGUGGCACGCUGGUUUUUGUUUUAGUUUUUGUUUGGUUCUGCUGUUGGAUGAAGGGGAGAAUGAGAAACUCAGAUGAUGAAUUUGGGAAGGAGAACGGACCAAGGCAUUUUGCCUACGAGGAAUUGAUUGCUGCAACCAAUAAAUUUUCAACGGAAAAGUUGCUUGGAAAAGGAGGCUCCGGAAAAGUUUAUGAAGGGUUUUUGAGAAACAGGAGUGCAAAGGUUGCUGUGAAGUGGAUAACUUCGAAGUCUCAACAGGGGUUGAAAGAAUAUGAAUCGGAAGUGAAAGCUAUUAGCCAAUUAAGGCACAGAAACUUGGUCAAACUCAAAGGCUGGUGUCGUAAAAAGCAAGAGCUCCUCCUUGUCUAUGAGUUCGUGCCAAAUAAGAGCCUGGAUUUCCAUCUUGCAAACAAGACAGGCUUUUUGACAUGGGAGAAGAGGUACAGGAUUGCUUUGGGUUUGGCCUCGGUCUUGUAUUACCUGCAAGAAGAAUGUGAACAAUAUGUGCUUCAUCGUGAUAUCAAAUCAAGCAACGUGUUACUGGAUUCAAAUUUUAAUGCGAAGCUUGGUGACUUUGGGCUAGCUAGGUUUGUAGAACAUGGGGAAGGGUCACAUACUACAGUUUUGAUCGGAACACCAGGCUACAUCGCUCCAGAGUAUGCAGAAAGCUGCAAACCUACAAAGAAAUCGGAAAUCUAUAGCUUUGGUAUUGUUGCUUUGGAAAUAGCAUCUGGAAAGCUCGCUUUUCAACAAGUUGAUGGAAAUGGUUCUAAUGGUAAGAUGAAACUGGUACAAUGGGCCUGGAAGCAUUAUGGAAGUGGAAAUAUAUCUGCUGUAGCUGAUCCAGAACUGGAACAAAAUUAUGCUGAGGAAGAGAUGAAAUGUUUGAUUAUUGUUGGGCUUGCUUGUGCUAAUCCAAAUUAUGCUGAUCGUCCUUCAGUAGGAGAAGCAAUUGAUAUGCUCAAGGCUAAAGUUCCAUUGCCAAAAUUGCCAUCUGAGAUGCCAAUACCUUCAAACGUUGCCCAUCUUCAGGCCAAUCUGUUGGCAUUUUCCAUAUCUUCAUCCAUUGUUGCCAAUGGCGAAACUAAAUUUUCAAGCACUAAUUCUGACACUUGCUCAUCAUACUAUACCACUGCAAGUCCUAAUACCGCUUAG